AUGCAUCGCACCUAUUCUAUGCGCCAAUCGCGCGCCCCCACGGCGUCCCAAGUCGAGAACCCUCCCCCUCCACUGUCCACCACAAAGACCAACAGAUGGCUCGGGAAAGGUGGCUUGGGCCAUGCCUUCCGUAAGAACACCGCCGGUGCUUUUGGUCCCGACCUGGCCCGGAAACUCUCGCAAUUGGUCAAGAUGGAGAAGAACGUCAUGCGCAGUAUGGAGUUGGUCGCAAGAGAGCGGAUGGAGACUGCCCAACAACUUUCCAUCUGGGGUGAGGCCUGCGAUGAAGAUGUCUCGGAUGUUACCGAUAAGCUGGGUGUUUUGCUCUACGAGAUUGGUGAGCUAGAGGACUUGUUUGUCGACCGGUACGACCAGUACCGUGUCACCAUCAAGAGCAUUCGUAACAUCGAAGCCUCUGUCCAGCCUAGCCGCGACCGCAAGCAGAAGAUCACCGACGAGAUCGCCAAGCUCAAGUAUAAGGACCCCAACUCGCCUCGCAUCGUCGUUCUCGAGCAGGAAUUGGUCCGUGCUGAGGCCGAGUCCCUCGUCGCCGAGGCUCAGCUGUCCAACAUCACCCGUGAGAAGCUCAAGGCCGCCUUCCAGUACCAGUUCGACGCUCUCCGUGAGCACUGUGAGAAGGUUGCUGUCAUUGCCGGCUACGGUAAGCACCUUCUAGACCUUGUUGACGACACCCCUGUCACCCCCGGCGAAACCCGUCAAGCCUACGAUGGAUACGACGCCAGCAAGGCCAUCAUCCAGGACUGCGAAGAUGCCCUGACCAACUGGGUGUCCUCGAAGGCCGUUGUCAAGUCGAACCUGUCUACCCGUUCCCGCACUCUCUCCCAGCGUCAACGCGAGAACGCUUCCCGGACUCGUGAGCCAGUCGACCUAUCCUCUCAAGACCAGCCCUUGAAGGACCGCGACUCGUGGGUCCCUGCUGACCAACACCCCGGCUACCAGCCCGAAGACGAUGGUGAGGAGGCCGCCAGCACCGUUGAUGGAGAGACACCCCGGGGACGAGAAGAAGAGAGAGCACCAGUGGUCUCUGUCGUCUAG